AUGGAUAAUAUCAUGAGAAGAGACCAAGAAAGCACUGAAUUUUUAAGCGAUUCUCUGCAUUGCAAACAAUUGCAGGAUCCAAACAGCCACCCUUAUAUCCGAAAUUUUCAAGAUUUAGUAUCAUUUGAAAAUGAGGACACAGCUCAGCCAAACUGAUCAAGAGUUUAUUUUUCUGACACAUGUGAAGUGUUCAGAAAGUCAGCAAAUGACUCAAAUGUAUGCAUAAUUAAAGCUUUUUGCACAUUAAAUUAUCCUAUAGAUGUGAUUUAUAAGGCAAUAUGAGACCCAGAAAUACGAGUUGCUUGGGAUAAGAUUUUUCUGGAUUACAAAGUAGAAAAAAAUGACGAGUUCUCUGAGUUUUUAUAUUUUAGGAUUAAAUCACCUCCAGGAAUUACGCAGAGAGAUUGAAUUCAGAGACGUACUAUGAUAAAAAAUUAUCCUGAGCAUGGCUCAAUAACUAUGCACUCGGAAAGUAUAGAUCAUCCUGAUUAUCCUGUGCUUGGAAAUGUUAUUCGUGCUGAAACAAAGUUUUCUGGAUAUAUUCUUAGGCCUUUAGAAAAUGGCAGAACAAAGCUGACUAUUAUAUCACAAAAUGAUAUAAAAGGCGGAAUACCGAAAAAACUUGUGAGCUUCUUUGCUGGAAGGACCCCUAAAAAGUGGUUGAAAACUUUAUCUAAAUCUUGCAAUCGGCUUAUGAAUACCAUUUAA